CUCAGUGAGAUAAAUAACGCAAAUCAAGAAGCCAAGUGUCCUAACAAAAAAGUGCAUUCGUGGUAACACAUCAAUCUCUCGAAAAAAAAAAAAAAACAGGCACGAAAAAUCCACCCUUGAAAGAAACAAAAAACACAAAACAGAUAAAUCUUUUAUGGGUUGCCUAUUUUUAUUGAGCUGAAAAUAUUGUUGAGAAGAAAAGAUGAUGUGGGACGAGUGGAGCAAUGAUUUCCAACACGAUUACGAGGAAGAACAACAUGAGCAACAGCAGCAAGAAGAGGGUGAUGAUUCUUAUCUUAAAUUUGACUUCUUGUCAGCUUUGUCUAAGCCCAAGGAUUACUAUAGAAUACUGGAAGUGGAUUAUGAUGCUACAGAGGAGGUCAUUCGAUCCAAUUAUAUCCGUCUUGCUUUGAAAUGGCAUCCAGAUAAGCAAAAAGAUCAGGAUAGUUCUACCUCAAAGUUUCAGGAAAUAAAUGAGGCGUACCAAGUUUUGAUUGAUCCUGUGAAACGACAAGAAUACGACAAUAAAGGGAUGCUACAAGCCUAUGAUUACAAUAUCGUCGAAUACCUUAAUCGCUACAAGGGUCUAAUUCUAACAUGUAACGGUCUUGGUAUGAAGCACUCAAUUUGGUAAAGCCCCAAGAUAUGCACCAUCCAUAUUGUAGUAUAUCUCGUGAUCCUACUGGCACCAUCGCAUAUUACAGGAGUUGGGAUGCACAGUUUGAUCUGUAGUUGACGUCAAUUAGGCUAUUGUACUAUCUUUUGCACAUGUAUAGCGAAGCUGCCUAAUCACCAACCUCAUUUUAGAGGACUGUUUAUAUGAAAUCUUCUUGUUUCUAUUUUAUCCUCUUUUCUUUUUGGGACUUGUAUCGACUAAAGAACUGGUGGCCUCUUGUUUUCGUAGAUUUCUUGCAAGAAUAUCAGUGGACUUUAUGUUGUCUCAAA